AUGUAUAUGACAUGUUGUUGCGGUUGUUGCUCUGCACUGCGGCCGCGAUACAAACGCCUGGUGGACAAUAUAUUCCCGGCGCUACCUCAAGAUGGCCUCGUCAAGUCCAAUAUGGAGAAGCUUACUUUCUAUUCGCUCUCGAGCCCGGAGAAGCUCGACAGAAUUGGAGAUUAUCUCUUCCAGAAAGCAUCGAGAGAUAUUUAUAGGAGGAGACAUGGGUUCGUGAUAAUAGCAAUGGAGGCGAUGGAUCAGCUUCUCCUGGCCUGUCAUUCGCAGACCCUGAACCUCUUUGUCGAGAGCUUUCUCAAAAUGGUGCAAAAACUCUUAGAGUCUACCGACCCACAGUUGCAAAUCCUUGCUACACAAAGCUUUGUUCGUUUCGCGAACAUUGAAGAGGACACGCCGUCGUACCAUCGUCGCUACGAUUUCUUCGUGUCCAAAUUCUCAGCUAUGUGUCACAGCAACCACAGUGAUAAGCUAACCAGGGACAGCAUUCGUCUCGCCGGGAUUCGAGGGUUACAGGGGGUCAUAAGAAAAACGGUGUCUGAUGAUCUUGUUGAAAACAUCUGGGAAGCGCAACAUAUGGACAAGAUAGUACCUUCCCUACUUUAUAAUAUGCAGGGCGCAGAGAAGUAUGAGACAGUAUCGUGUCUAGAGACAGAGACGGACACACGGGACGGAAUUGAUGACGAUCCACCCAAACUGGCCGAAGCUUGUCUCCGGGAGCUUGUGGGGAGAGCUUCCUUCGGCCACAUACGCUCUGUUCUACGCCCUGUGCUAACACACUUCGACCGACAUGAACUGUGGCUGCCCAAUGAUUUCGCAGUACACGUUUUCAAGAUCAUCAUGUUCUCUAUUCAGGCGCAGUACUCCUACAGUGUGGUCGAAGCGCUGAUGCAACAUUUGGAUGCUAGCGGAGGUGGGGCUGGUACUCGCGUGCGCGCUGCUAGGGCCACUGUACUUAGCAAUAUUGUGGCCAUUGCUGCAGGAGAUAGUGUGGGUCCAUCUGUACUGGAAAUCAUCAACAACUUACUUACUAACUUACGAGCGUCAGUGGCCAGAGAUUCCGAAAAAGAGUCAGACGAAAGGCUCUACCAAGAAGCUCUCAUCAACGCGCUAGGGGAGUUUGCGGACCACUUACCCGACUUCCAGAAAAUAGACAUCAUGAUGUUCAUCGUUAGUAAGAUUCCCAGUGGUGCGCGCGGGAAGCCGACAAAAGCUGAUUGUAUGCUGCAAAGUAUAUUGCUCAAGUCAUUGUUGAAGGUGGGCACAACAUACAAAACUACGGAACUAAGUAAAGCGUUCCCCGCGGCGUUCUUGGAAGCGUUGUUGCGUGUAUCAAGCGCUAGUGAGGCACGUACGAGAGCUCUGUUACAAAGAAUUCUACACACGCUACUGGAUCGACGGGCUAAUGCCCCGCUCUUGAUUGUACCUACAGUGGAGUAUGCGGAAUUGGGACUGACCGUAGAGAAAUGUUCUCGCCCCGAUUUAAUCUUCAUUAGUAAACAUGGAUAUGCGAUAUUCAGCUCGCUUUAUGAAGGCCUUCAACUUGAGUCGAACACAGCUGAAAAUAUAUCAGCUAUAUAUACCACACUCGCGUUACUGGCUAUAGAACUAGCCUCCGAAGAGACCGUGUGCGAUAUGCUUCAACUUAUAUUAGCUAUCCAACAAUCAGCGAUAUCAAACCCCGUACUAUCGACGUCUCAACAGUGUCAGUUGCAUGCGAUAACUAUUGCGCUAGCGGCACUGGUUCCACACGUUCUGGUGUUGCCGCCUCUAGCUGAUUAUAUUAAACAGAUUAUAGAAGCACGCCGUGAAGAAGCGCCGCAUAUGCUGCCGCCAUUAUCCGAUGACUACGACCACGUUUCUCCAAAUAAAGCACCCAAUAAGCUGCCCUACUUGAUGAUCGAUCAGAUGGCACUAGGCGAGUGUCUGAAAGCGUGCGGUAUAGAAGCCAGUCGGCUACAAUCACCCUCUCCUUAUACGAGCGGUUCGGCCAUUAGUCUGGCGCAUAGGCAUAGCUGGGUUGAAGCUGGUGCAGCACAGGGCCGCGACAGCUUAGCUGAUAUAUCGGCCGGGCCAGUCACUGAAUUAGACAGUGCUAACAGUUCGCCUGGAGUGCAAAGGCGAACUGACAAUGAGUUCUGGCAUUGGGGUCACGAAGAUGCGCAUACGGCUAGCUUACACGAUAUCCGACGGGAAAACGCGCACCCAAUGCAAAGUGAAAACGUAAGUCUGGAGGCACUACGACGCGCGGCGAGUGGCCCCACGGAAGCGGAAAGACGCGACGCAGAACGAAAGAAAGUCUCACUCAACAACACAUUCCGGACUGCGCCGUUCGACCACCUAUUGCAUAUAACACAGCCUAAGUACGAGAUACAAGAUAAACUUGAAGAGAUCUUCAACUCGAUAUCUGAAGAACCGCUGUUGCCCAUGGGCGCGAACUCGCCCACAGGAAAGACGCAAAGCCAGCCAUACACCAAAUACUUGACUGAGUUAUUCCUCUACUAA